UCAACUUUUAAAAAGAACAUAUCGGGAAGACGUGGCACUACUACAUCACUUCUCUCGCUCUCUCUUUUUUCUUUUCUUAGUGCUCACCAGAACAUAAAAAGGACAACAUGUUCCUAACAUGGACAACGGAACCCGGCAAUGUCUUAGUUAGCCCUAGUCAAACCUAAUAAGGACCCUCACUACCAACAUGGCUGCGCCCAGCGAAGGAGUGAGUUGUGAGGAUUUCGCUGAAUUUCAGGGGUGGAUACCAGGUAUCCUUUGUUUAAGCUCUAGAUAAGCGUCAUUUGAAUAGACUUGAAAGAAUAAAACAAAAUAACAUGGAAUAUGGAAGUAUUAAGAGUAAUGAGGCAGAUAGAUGACCGGAUUGUCCAUGAGUUAAACACUACAAUUCCAACAGCCUCCUUUACUAGGAAGGUCAAUGCUGCUGAAACAUGUAAACAUCUGUAUGAUUCUUUGCUAGAAUCUCAUGCCAGUAGAGACGGAGCCAUCAAGAAAUGCAUAGCCGAGUCCUCUGCUGUAGUAAACCUGCUACGAGAGGAAAGGCAGAAGGAUUCAGAUGAUAUGACCGUAUUAAAGCAGCUUAGAAAAGAGCAGACUAAGAACAGAAGUCUAGAAAAAAAGCUCGAGUCCAGUCCUAGCAGCCAUCUUAUUUUUUUUUUUUGUUUUGUUUUUCUAAAUGCCCAAUCCUCUAAGCAGCAAGUGUCAGGCUCAAACUUCUGCAAACGGAACUGAAUGUUGAAGAAGUAAUAAAUGACCGAAGUUGGAAGAUAUUUAAUGAACGUUGCCGGAUCCACUACAAACCUCCACCAAAGAAGUGAACUGAGAAAAGGCCUCUGUUUGGCACCAGUAGAGACUUUUGAGAUCGUUACUAUAAUAAUUUUUAUCAUGACCAAGGCAGAACAUUGUUUAAUGAUGCCAUUCAUGUGUUGAGCAUGAAAAGAUGAAGCAGGACACAGAGAAGUUGUACUCCAAACAGUUGUUUAUAAGCUUUAUAUAUGAUGUACAAAUUUUAUAAAAAUGAUUUAUAACAAUUAAAGAAUUUUGAGCAAAAAAGCAAAUUUAUUUUGUACAUGCUUUGAAUUCACAUUUUUUGAGAAAAGCAUUUUAUUUUGUACAUACAUUGAAUUUGAACAAAGUGAACAUUUAUGAUUUAAUGUGGUUUAUUGUUUUAUAGUAGUCUUAAUAUUUAUUUGGAAUGCUAUUCAGGAGCACAUUGGCUUUCAGUGCAACUUUCCCAAUGGCUUGUGUUGGUUUAGAUUUUGACUGUUCUGUACUGUUCUAUUUUAAAUUAUGUGAAAUUCUGAGACCAUCAGUGUCCUGCAGCCUUUAAAGGACAAUCUGUUUAUUGACUGUGUUUGACUUUGCUGUUGUUACAUGCUUGAGGAUAUUUUCUUGGAUUUAGCCUCAAAACAUGAUCCUUCCACAUCUUUGAAGUAACUAUUUUGUGUUUUUACAUUUAAAAUUAGCAUCUGCUAGAGUUGAUUUCAGAGUACUCUACUAUGUUUUGUGUUGUCAUAGAUUUUUCUAUUUAUGACUGUUUUAGCAAGUAAUCUCCUUGUGAGAGAAGGCGUGCUGCCAUUGUUCUGGACACAAUUUACUGUUUCCUGUCUUUUCUUAAUUGGCCUGUGCACUCUAGUUUUUUUAAACUCGUGUUUUUGGACACUGAAGCUCUGAUUGGCUACAUGAGCUUGCCUGAGGACAUUUUCUUGAACUCGACCUUGAAAUCUAAUCCCGCUACACCUAGGAAUUGCUGUAUAGUGUGUGAACUCUUGUGAACUAUGUUUUCAUAUUUGCAUGUAUUUGCACAUUCUGAUUUUGUAAAGAAAAAAAUAUUCUAUAAGAAAUGUUACUUCUUAAAUUAUUACUGUAUAACAAGUCUCUUGUAGUGCAAAAGAAAUAUUCAACUGAGCACAGUAGUGCAGUGAUGCAGACACUUGAACACAACUUUGCCAAGGCAGGGGCAGCUGCUACAUAGUAGAUCUAUGUACAUCUAGCGUAUCCCAUUUCACCUAUUACUUUUACUUAUUACUGCUUUUAUGAUAUCCAAGCCAAUUUGCUAGUCUGCUGUAAACUAUCACAUUAGCGUAAUUUGUAUGCUGUUUUGGCAUUCAAGUCAUAUUGUCAGACUUUGUAUUCAUUGUUCAAAAUGUUGCUGCUAUUGUCUUUACCAAUUUUGUAUCACCAUUUCUUGCUGAUUGCAUUGCAAUCGAACUGUCUGCUGCUGUGGCACCCAGGCCUAUUUGCUAGGCACUAUAUCGUAUUCAUAAAUUGUGCUACUGCUAUUAUUAUACUGUAUUUUAAAGUGCUGUUAUUACAACCUUCUACCGCUGUUUGCCAUGCUAAGUAACUCACUGUGACAUAAUUAUCUGUUGGAUAUUAUGCCAGAUUGCUUUGCCAUUGUAAUGGUUUUAAAUCAUUUGCUGAGGCUAUCUUCAUUGUAAUUAUAAUUUCAUUAUUGCUGCUG